AUAAUUAUUAAGAAAGAAAAGUCAUGCAGUUGUGGACACAUUGAAGUCAAACUGAUGGAAAUAAAGAAAAGGUUGGUAAUCUCUUCUGGUGGACAUGGAGCCUUCUCCAUGGAUAAAUCUACUACUUAGCUUCAAACUCUCGCAAUGAAACCCUUCUUCUCAUUCUCACACACCCUGGACUACUUAUAGUUCUUCAUCUUCUUCUUCUUCUUCUUGUUCGCCGGAGAUCUCAUGUACACCACCAGAGACGUUCCCGCCUGCAACUCCUACAACUAUGGCGAUGCCCUCUACUGGGACGUUCGCUAUUUGGAGGAAGGUGCCGCAUCCUUUGAUUGGUACCAGCGUUACUCCGCGCUUCGCCCCUUUGUCCGCAAGUUCGUCCCCACUAGCUCUCGCAUCCUCAUGGCCGGAUGUGGCAAUUCCGUUAUGUCAGAGGAUAUGGUGAAGGAUGGCUAUGAAGACAUAAUGAACAUUGACAUUUCGUCAAUUGCAAUAGAAAUGAUGAGAAGGAAAUGUUCACACAUUCCACAGUUGAAAUACAGGAAAAUGGAUGUCAGACAUAUGGACUUUUUUCAGGAUGAAUCAUUUGAAUGUGUUAUCGAUAAAGGGACGCUGGAUUCUUUGAUGUGUGGCACUGAUGCUCCUCUUAGCGCCUCCCGGAUGGUGGAAGAAGUGAGCAGGCUUCUUAAACCUGGAGGGAUCUUUAUGUUGAUAACAUAUGGUGACCCAUCAGUACGCAUUCCUCAUAUAAACCAACCUGGCUGUAGUUGGAAAAUCACAUUGUACAUCAUAUCGAGACCCGGGUACCAAAGCUGUGUAGAUGGCAGUUCAUCAAAAUCUGUCAUGGAACCUGUUCCACUUACUGAAUGGGGUUUGCUUCCACCAGAUUAUGUUCUUGAUGAUCCAGAUUCUCAUUACAUUUAUGUAUGUAAGAAGAUGGAUCGACCAUUUGGACUCACUCAAACACGGAGGAGGUUAGAUCAAAUAUCGUGCAAUAAUGAAGAUAAGCCAUCAGAAUGACCUAUUGAUACUUGUAGUCCUAUUUUAGUAUUGUGUUUCAUGAGCAAUCUUUUUUCGAUUAUAUUGCCAGAACCAUUUUCAUUAUGUGCCGAUGAUUGGGAUAGUGUAGAUCACAUGAAAUUUGGUUUGCCAUUUUGCGUAAGCAGUUGAAUUAGGGCUUGUUUUGUUUGAAGUAAAUGGAUUUUAUAGUUCAUGAAGAGUUAUUCUGUUUUAA